CGGGAUGACGUCACACGACUUACUUCUUCAACCGCCGUCGAGAGUUGAGAACGCGGCCGCCGUUUUCGUUGUUGUCAAGCAGCGAGAAGCAGCAGCGAGAAGAAGCAAGCCAUGUUCUAUCCACUGCUGGAGUAGCGACACGGCCGUCUUCGCCUCGGGUACGUAACGAGGACGUGGGUGGUCUUUUGAUGACUCACCAUGGAGGAGGCUGGCGAGUUUCUUCUGGACCCUAAGGACUUUGUAAAGAAAAAAUCGUUGGGCUCAGGGCGGUAUGGCGAAGUGCAUGAGUGUACACACCCGCAUUUCGGGAUUGUGGCCAUCAAGCAGGUGUUCAGCGGAAUGGGGUCAUCCAGCCAGUAUAUGCAAUUGGAGAGCCUCAAAGAUGAGGCUAAGAUCUUGCGGAAGCUGAAAAACCCAUGCAUUGUGGAGCUGUUUGGCGUCAUUCUACAAGAGGAUAACUACUCCCUCGUUUUGGAGUACAUGUGCCAUGGAAAUUUGUUGGACUUUCUGCAUAAAGGGAAGGAAAAAGUUCCAUGGUGCCUACGUGCUCGGAUCAUGCUGGACGUGAUUGAGGGCAUGCUGUACGUACACAGCCAAAAGAUUAUUCACCAGGAUCUCAAGCCUGAAAAUGUGUUGGUGAAUGGCGAUUUCCAUGCAAAAAUAGCGGAUUUUGGAGUGUCCAUAUGUAAAACCUGGUCACGACUUGGCAAAGAAGAGCAGACCAGGAGAAGCAGUGUCUCUGGUGAGAAAAAGAAGAAGCUGGGAAUGGGCACCACGGCGUACAUGGCCCCAGAAAGGUUCAACAACGUCAACCUUCGUGCAAACGAGAAGACCGACGUCUACAGCUUCGCAAUCCUCACCUGGGUCAUCAUCACCCAAAGGGAGCCGUACGAACAUUUGCAAUGUGGGGAUCAGACUACUUACGACGUGCUGAAGAAUUGCACCGAGAAAAACCAACGGCCUGACAUGGAGCUGAUACCGCCCAAUUCCCCUUACACUAUGAUCGAACUAAUGAAGUCGUGCUGGAACCAGCUCCCUGAAAAACGGCCGAGUUUCUCAGAUUGCAAAAAAGAUGUUGAGACUCUUUAUAAUAGUUAUAAAGAAGAGAUACCUGCUGCCGUGACAAAAAUGCAAAUGCUGCUGGGGGUGGAGCCGAAGAUAUCAGACCAGCACCAUGACAUUCCACCACAAUCUUCAUUCAAGUCGCAGUCUGACGAGCUUUUGGGCAGUGCCUCCAGCAACAGGAGCCUCGAGGACUUUGAUCCCAAGACGCUCGUGGCCGAUGACAGCCUCCUCGUCACAGACUGCGGCACGAAACCUAUGGAGAAUGAAGAGCCGCGGAUUUCCUGCUUAUCUGAAGAUGAACACACAUUGACAAAACUCCAAGAUGAACGAGACUACCAUGGAAAAAAUAUUUCCAUGAACCAACAUCUUCCCGUAAACAGGGACCAAGACCUCGCUUACGUCAUGAACAGGAGGGUAUCAAACAUGCCUUCCGAGGAUGCAGAAGAACCUCGCAGAACGAGGGCCGGGCCUGUGGAGUAUCAGGCGCCGGAAGCCACGUCAUCGGGUCGUGGAAAUUCCGAGGCGCUUCGCACCUCACCGCACGCGUGUGGGGUGCAGCCCUCGUCAAGCACGUAUCAGGAGCGGCAUUUUUUUCAUGAUGGGUCUCGGCACUUGGAGGAUUCGCCACGCCACCGCGAUCCGCCCUCCUCGCUGUCGAGCACAAAAUCCUUUGCUCCGCUGCCAGAGGUCAAUGUUGCGGGCGGUCCGGCAAGUCAGAAGGGGGCGGCCGUCCCGAGCGGACGGUACUCCGGGCAGCCACCCGCAGGGAGGGCUACGUAUCCAGAGCCCAGGGCGCAGCACCCUAUGCCAUCGGGAGUGUUGCCAUCGCAAGUCAUGGACGGCUGGCCGUUUAAUGGGAAACAAUUUCCUGGCAUGGAGAGCCUGGGAGCUGCACUGUCAAAUUCCACUUCAGGUUUUAAAGUUCACAUAUCUCAUGGGGAAAACAUUCAGAUUGGAAACAAUAAUGUGAUCAAUCUAAACCCUAAAAGCAAACCAAGGUAUCAGCCAUCGCAGCGCGGCUCCUCCAGCGAAUCACAACGCAGCGCUAAGCCAGACUUCAACCUCGAAUCCUUCAGAGUUGCAGGGAUGACUCGGAAGAUCGACGAAAAGGACGUGGACAUCUUGAGGGGGAACCUGUUCAAAGACUGGAAGCACUGUGCGCGUCAUCUGGGCGUGGAUGAAAGCCAGAUCUCGGCCAUCUCCCACGACUAUGACCGCGACGGGCAGCAGGAGAUGAUCGUACAGAUGUUGAACUCAUGGCGGCGUCUAAUGGGCCGCCAGGCCACCGUGAAUAUCCUGGCACGGGCGCUCUACAAUUGCGGCCGUUACGACAUCUUACGGAAGUUAGAUGAAAAUUCUACAUAGCGAGCGUCGUCUUUGUGUGUGCAUGUUGCAUGGGUGCUCAUGUUGGGACAACAGCCUGUGCGGCCUACACAGUGGGGGGGGGAUCUUUUUCCUUGCGGGAUGUACAGGGCAGUGGUCCUGUCUUUGUGUAUUGUCUUAUGAAUGGUUACAGCAGGACGUGGAUAAUCAUUUAUACGUGGUAUCUAAACUCAUCUUGGGUCUUCUCCAGGGCCACUGAGCUUUAAUGAAUACUUUGGUGCCAUGUUCAAACAUCCGAAACAGCGGUGGCUGUGUAUGGUCCUGGCCACACCACCCCUUUAUUUACCGUACUGGCUUCAAUAUAUGCUCUCGCUAACGGCACUUUCCUUCAGCAUGCUAUCUUGGAUACACAAGGGGCCUUUUUGUAGGUGGUGGUGCAAUUUUUCACGUACUUAUCUUCAAUUCCAGCAACCAGGGAUCGAUUUCCAGCCCAUGGUAUGUGACAUCAGUUAUGUUUGAUAUCUCAAGCCAUCCCAUCUCUCUCCGCAGUCAACGUUGCCAUAAAUGAGUACCUGGUGCUGUGUGUUAACACCGACAAUAGCGCGACCAAAGGCGGCUGGGCAUGGUACUGGCCACACCAUUUGUUUGUGAUGCUGGCCCUUAAUUGUUUCAACGAGAGUUCAACAGUCUAUAAAGCUCAGGCAAAGUCUGUGUGCAAAAUAGGGUUAUUUUGUUUUUAUCUCAAAGGGUUCUCUCUUGUUUAUUAAUUAAUGUUCGUGUACGUUUCUAUUGUGUGCUCAGAGUUUGCCGCAUAUCAUAGUGGCUUAAAGUCAGGGCUCCUAACUGACUUUAUCAGUUAUUUUUUUCAGCAGAUCUUAUGUUUAUCCACAUCCGGUCAAGCUUUGUUGCUCUUAAAAGGGUUAACGAGGUUUACCUAUUUAUGUUUGAGGAGGGGCUGAAAUACAACCAGUGGUGGCGCGUGUCACCAGUGUGAAGAAACAACAAAGUCCGCCUCGUGUGACAUGUGCAGGUGGAUUGUUCAUUGAACAUGAUGUGCAGUGAGUGAUGAUGAUAAUAAUUUUUAAUGCUGAUAAUCGAUGAUUAUUGAUUCUGCAUCGUGCCAGGUCUCCAACCCCAUCAAACCCAGUUUUCCUGGGACGCUGCAUCGUGACACGGACUCGGUUGAGCAAAAGCUGAAUAAGCCACAUACGGAACUCAAUCCCAUGCGUGCACAUCGCAUCGAGACUGGAGAAUUGAAAGUGUAGUUUACGUUAAAUCUGGAGCCGCCAGCCGCCACUAGAUAUAGCUCAUCGGUAUAUCAGUAUACGCCAGAUAAACACAUUCCUGCGGAGGGAGCUGGUAGGAACGUUGGGUUGCUCGGUCAAUGGCCAGGGUCAACGGCGGCGUGGUGUAUUCCGCAAAUAUGCCCGACUGUGAGGGCGGGCACAAGCCGGCGUGAGUAGGUUAAACGUUGAGUUUUAUAAGGGCACCACGGGGUGACCAGCCCUUCCCCACCCAGCCCCUCCCCACCCUCCCCUCUCCACCCAGCCCCAUCCCUCCCAUUUUUGGAUGCAGGACGUACGGACAGACACAAUAAUCCCCUGUGGGCUGGUGUAACCAGGAGGUUCCUACCAGUAUGAGAGUGACCAAAGAUCCCUGGGCCUCUGUGAGUCACUGAUUGGUUGCCUGUAUGCCAGGGCAUGAUCUAUGCAAUUCAAUCAUCGUGGAACUAAGUAACGUUCGGUACAAUUAUUUUGUCGUGGAAAACAAGCCUAAUUUUUAAUGGGUCUUCCAUCGUGUAGCAUUUUUUUACAUUUACAUUGCCAUUGGCUCUGGUAUAUGGAUUAACACCUACGUAAAAAAAGUAAAAUUAGACAUUAUAAAGAUUUUAAUAAUGAUGUAGCACUUUUAGCCAUACUUAUAUUUUUUAUUGGGAAAUACUGUAGGAAUUUCAGGUUAAGGCAUUUUGAAGUGAUUAUUGAACCGGUAAUUACGACUUAUGUCAACCGCAUGUUUUAUAUCAUGGGAAAGGUUCCGUACCUGUGACUUUGUUAAUCUUGUUUAAAAAGAACUCAAUCGUGACAUCAGUGCCUUGAGCAACGUUAACAGCGGUCAGCUAUUUUGAGUGCAGUAAACUACGUUCUCCAAACUUGGCCAGACCCACCCUUGUGGGCGCACACGCCAUAGAGCUCGCCUGGAAAGAUUUGAUUAUUCGUAUCGUGGUAAUUCCUUCAGGUUAUUGGUAAUGGACCGUCGGUUGUGCAGGAGGCGAUCUCUGCGAGAGGCACGAUAGUGCAAGGUGUGUUGCGUGCAAGUGUUUAACCACACUUACAUUGACUGGGGCACUUUUUUUAGAAGUCAGUUCCUGCUGAAAUGGGCAUUGAGGAGAUGGUCAUCUACUGCUUACCUCGCUGAGCGAGUGGUGCAAAUUCCACAUUUCUAUGACAGUGGCGAGUCUAUCAAUAGGGACAACCUUUGUUCACUUUCCGCCACACAAAAGCGGUGCUACUUUUGAUCAACCCUGAAAGAAUGAUGUGCCGAGUCAAUGCCCAACCAGGUUUUUAACCCAAAGCCCUUCGCAUUCCCAGUCACUUGCCCUGCGCUUGAGCCGCCUGGCUGGUAAUAGGCUGUGUUGGUCAAACGUUGCACUCACCACAGAGUCAAUGUGGACUCAUUUGAAUGUGCAGAUUGUGGUCAUGUCUUCAGGUCACUGGAAAUUAAAUUAUAAUGUACAGAGGGCGGUCAGCAUCCCGCCACAGGCGAUAUGUGGCCAGUUAACACGUAGGCUUUCGCGACCAAUAUCCAUAAGAGUUUGUUUAGGGUCAGAUCGCGUGAAUAUAAAUGUCGGUGAAUAUAAACGUGUCGUUAAAUAUGUCCAAACGUCGUACUCGAAUUGUAAAUGUGGGUUUUACUCUCAAACACCGUUGUGCUGUAUUUAUAGCGAAUUUGCACGUUUUAUUUAUGUGACAAAACUUACUAAUUGGCUGUGUCGGGUUGUGGUGACGGGUUUAACGACACAUUUACACGAUCUAACAAAAAAAACCCUCUUAUGGAUAUGUGGCAAGGUCGACGUGUUCCUGUGUAUUGAUCAAAUGUAGAUUUCUCGCAGCAAAAACUGCUGAAUGUCAGCGGAGGCGUGGUGGGUCAUGCGCCUACAGUGGUGGUUAGCUGUAUGUGGCUUUUAUCUUACUCGUGAAAGUAUUCACUUGUAGAAGCCGCAAAAGAGUUGCUUCGUGUGAUUUUAUAAACAAAAUUUAUAUCUGCUUUUACAUAUUUUUAUACUGCCCAAACAAUGUAUUGAAUGAACUUAAACAUGUAUGCUCCUUUACAUUUUUACUCUGGAUUUGUAUUCUUUAAUACUGGGUCAUAUAUUAGCUAAUGGUGUUAAAACACUUGUAUGCUUGAAUUAUAAUAAUGCACGCAAAAGGUGAUUUCUGGUUGACCAAAAUGAAUGAUUUUGACUUGGGAGGGGUCCUCUCAUCAUGCCUCGCCUGUUAUCGAGCAUCUGAAAUUACAUACAAUACAGCACUGUGAAUAUAAUACACACAUUUGUGGUUUAGACCACCUACUCAAAGGAAUCAACACUGGCCAUGCCAUUUUAGACACCCAACAGUGAGACAAUCGGACAACUCGAUACUCGUUUAAUUCGUGUGAGGAAUCAUCGCCACACUGGAGCUUUUAUGCCGUAUUACUGCCUUGUAACUAAUUGGCGUGAUGUAGACGAGUCUUACCUCAUCGCUGUGGGGAGAGUGAUUGAAGGUGGUCUAAACAACCACUGCUGGUGUAUUACUACUCGUUACCAGCCAACACGCACGCUGUUCUUGCUCAUGAGUUAAGGGGCCGCCCGUAAAUGACGACACGCACCUAGGGGGGGGGGGGGGGGGGGUUAGUCAGGCAUUUGUGACGAUGUGUGACGAGGGGGGUGAGAAAUGUGACGUCACAUAAAAAUGCGCAACUUUUGAAUUAAAUAGACUUUUCGAUAAAUGUUUUCUCCUACAACAUCAGAGUGCAGCGCCACAUUAAAUACAGACUACAAUGACAAUAGUUCAAAGUGAUUUGAAGCAUGUUUUAUAUUUUUUUUGGUGGGGGGGGGGCAGAGCUUUUUGACGUCAUAUUUGAGGGGGGGGUCUGACUUUGUGACGUCGUGUGACGAAGGGGGGGGGGGUCAAAGAUCGUCCGAAACCACGUGACGUCAUUUAUGGACGGCCCCUUAUAAUUUACAGAAAGUGGUUUGGUUUACUUGUGUAUGCUGUCCAGCUAGAAAUAUGCGGUGGUUAUUUGACCACUUUUAAUCAUCACGGGCAUCCCUCGGUAUAAGGACCAGUUAUGUUCCUUAAAAACUGCCCACAAAGCAAAAUUCUGUGUAUCGCCGCAUGAGGUGAGUGGUACACGUGGGGAGCGGUGGUGCAGCGGUUAGCGCAUAGCGCUACGAACCUGGCCACCCGAGUUUGAUUCCCGCUCACGGCCAACAACACCAGUGACAAUUAUCUGAACCGAUCAUGGGGCCUCCCCGAGACCGACUCGGCUUCCAAACAUCGCCACUGGGGAGACAAAGGCGGCCGAGCGUGGUGUUGACCACCCACCCCCACGUGUGCCGUGCCGACCUUCAUAGGUGCUCGCUAAACAGCACUUGCCCCAACAGUCUGUUGAGGCUAUACUGUGGGAUCUUUGUCUUGCACGCCUGGUUCUGCACAGUACAGGACCAGGCGUGAUCAACACAAAUCGCCAAGCUUAGCUUGGCCGGCAUGGAGAUAGCAGGGAAAACCAGGACAGUGUGACAAUCGUGCCCUGCAAAACACGUGUACCAGCGUGAAAUGCGCGCUCGGCCAAAUGACUGCGUGCAUUGUUUGAUUUUACGCCCCAAAACGAUGUAUAAUGUAGAGAUUCAAAGUUUCAUAAUUGCGAAUUUAACGUAACGUAUAGCGAAUUCGUUCCCUAAUCGGUAAGUUACGUUGUGGUAAAAUUGUGGUAUAUUGAGUUGCCGUAUAACGAGGGAUGACUUUAAUAGUACACUCACGGUGCCAGCUGCGGUGAUGUGGAACAUGCCGGUGAUGGCUGAUAUUUCCCCUGCAAGGAUAUGUGGCUGUGGAUCUCUGUGCGAGUCUGUGGAUCUCGCGAUGUGCAGGAGGAUGCUGUGCACGUGCUGUGUGGCUGCGAAUUUUGCGCUGGUCUCCCCCAGAGGUCUUGUCGAGCUGAACUGUGCUGACUCUGAGACUACUAAACGGCUCUAGAUAAUUUGACUGUUUCAGUACGUUUAAUAUGAUCUUGUUUCCCUACCCCCCCCCCCCCCCCCAUAUGCAGUUGCUACUUAUACUCGAACAUUUGCGUAAAAAAAUGUUGAGUCCACAUUGAUUGGCCUCAGAAUGCGCAAUCUAACAGCUUGGUGUCUCACAAACAUCAGCCGUCUUUCUAGAUUUGAAGCUUUCGUGACUGCAAGGAUUCAUAUUCUUAGAUUUUUUCGGUAAAGUCACGUAGGUAAAAAAUAAAAAUUAAUAAAAUAAAAAUAAAAAUCACGACGUUUCGGAGGAAACACAAGCUAUCGUGCUGUGACUGUUCCGCCUGAAGACGGAAGCUUGUGUUGCCUCCGAAACGUCGUGAUUUUUAUUUUACUUUUAUAAAUUUUUUACCUACGUGACUUUACCGAAAAAACCUAAGAAUAUCAGCCGUCUUCACUGCCACAGGCUCCGCUCGUCAUGUCUACCAAUCUUCAUUUGCACUAUAAUCUUAACUGCACGCAACCAUCAAUGGGUAAACGGAAGAAGCUUCAUUGGAGUGAGCAUCGUCGCUGUUGUUUGAGACUGCCUUCUGGCAUCUCGUAUACUUUCUAAGGCGGGUAACAAGGAGGCAAUUGUCGAGACUUAACAAGUGGCAGCCGAAGGACGGGAAACACGUCCGAGCCGACAUCCACCGUGGAGAUCGCGUGGAGAAUUUGUCGCGCGUGCAGGAGCCACAUGGAUAUCGUAUCUGGAGAUCCGAGAUGGUGAAGCCAUUGGGACGGUCUUCAUCCAGCAAUGGAUAUAUCAUGCCUGGUGAUGAUAGUGAAAUAAAAGUCAAGGAGGAUGUUGAAGGGGACUUAAUUCAUUAUCCGGGGCUGAAACUGAGCGGUUGCCACCGUUUUAUAAGUGGAAGUCUAAACCGGUUCCUUGGGUAGGAGCUUGGAGUCGUGUGGCAGGGUCUGGGAGGCAGGGUUAUGCAACGUCACACUUUUGUAAGUGUUAAUUAGGGAAAGUGUUUUUCUAUCUUCAUCGGAGCAAUGUAGCCGAUGGUUCGGACGCUGCGACAGCUUUGUUGAACACGAGCUGAAACAACCAGGCUUACUCGGCUCAGAUGGGGUUUUUUUUAGAUGUUAAAAGCUUUUAAUCUGUCAUGCUAAUUAUCGUGUGAUGAGAAUGAAGGGAGGUAGUAAUGGUUAUAUUUAUCAUGAAAUAGACCUCAUCUGUUUUCUGAGCCUUUGUCCAAUCCCCGUGCCAAUCGUCUCGUCCCCCUUAACAGCGUCCCACUCCGCCCCAGUCUCUACAGGGCAGUUUACUCUAAUACAUACCAUUGUCAUUCGUCUACAGAUAAUAUUGAUCUGCCUCCCGUUUCGAAUGUACAUUGUUGCUCUCUCCGUGCGCCCUACAGCAGCGUCGUAGCUUGUUUCUUAUUUUUUUAUCAUUUCAUUUCGGCCUUGGUUUGUGGGACCUCGGAUAACUGAAUCGGUUUUCGCUCGGCUAAUUGCCUUUUCGAAGUCGGGCUGCACAACGGAAGUUUUGGCGUAGCGUGCAUUUACUUGAGAAUAUUUUCCUUCCACUUAUUCUGUACACUUUCUGGAGAUGUUAUGCCAAUCAACGUUGUAACUAUAACAGUUUUUGAUAUCAAUGAGGCUCGACCAGAAUGUGAUUUAUUAAAGUACCAAUGUGGUCGAUGGUGGAGAGACGUUCCCCAAGGACUGAUGUGUGCUCAGUUUGGGGUUCGUUGACCACGAAGUUUAUUUUUUUCUGUUCUCGAAAAUCUUUAUAAACAAUUUUGAAUUCGUGCCACGA